AUGGAAGAUACUGAUGAUAGGAAAGACGGCAAAUCUGCUCGAUUUAUCGUAAAGCAAGGUAGCGAUAUCAGUAACCUGAACCCAAAAGAAUGGUCAACAGCUGAGAAACGGAAAACAACAGCAAUCGUAGGCCUUACUGGAUUCUUGGUAGCAUGGUCUUCUGCAAUUGAUUCAGCAGUGAUGAAACAAGCAAAGAUGGAAUUUGGCGUAAGUGACGUUACAGAAUCUUUAGCAACCGCAGUAUUCUUGGCUGCUUUUGGUUUGGGUGCACUAUGCAGUGGACCCUUAUCCGAAACGAUUGGACGAUUACAGACUUAUCUAUUUUCUUUAGUUUUAUUCAUGGUUUUUGUAAUGGCUUCUGCCCUUUCUCCCAACAUAGGUGCUCAAAUCGUUUUCCGAGCUUUUUCGGGAUUCUUUGGUAGUACGCCUUUAACAACUUUUGGUGGAAGCACAAGUGACAUGUGGAAUCCGGUAGAUCGAGCUUAUGUGUUUCCAGUCAUGGCUUGUUUAUCAUUUCUCGGCCCGUUUCUGGCUCCUUUGGUUGGGUCUUACAUUGGGUAUACAGGCGUUCUCUCAUGGCGAUGGGUAGAAUGGAUCACAUUGAUCAUGGCUGCUUUGAUAACCUUACUGAUUGCCUUGUUCUGCCCAGAAACAUACAUGCCCACACUACUUGAACGAAGGGCGUAUCAUUUUCGCCGUUGCACCGGAGAUUUACGCUUCACUGCUGAGUCAACUUUGCAUUCUCCCGACUUGAAAACGAGACUCAAACGUAACUUUGCAAGACCGUUUAUCCUUUUAUUCUCACAAUACGUCGUUGUCUUUUGGAGCAUUUACCUUUCCAUCGUAUAUGCCGUCUUGUUUGGAUUCUUAUCGGGAUAUACAUUCAUCUUUGGGGAUACAUAUAACAUGAGUCAAGGUUUUGUUGGAUUAAUGUUUCUUGGUAUGAAUGUCGGUUUUCUUGUCGCUCUUGCCAUCUGUCCAUGGAUUUAUAAGAAGUACAAGCAAAAGAACGAUCAAGCCAUUCAAGCUGGCGAAACUUCAGCACCUCCAGAGGAGCGGUUAUGGUACGCUAUGCUUGCUGCUCCUUGUUUCGCAAUUAGUCUUUUCUGGAUGGGCUGGACAGCCUUUCCAACGAUUUCGUUCUGGUCACCUUUGCUUGCAUCUGUCAUGUUUGGAUUUGCAGUUCAAGGUAUCUUUGUAUCUUCUUACUUGUACUUGAUUGACGUCUUUGAAGGUUUGGCAGCAUCUGCUUUGGUCAGCUUAACAUUAUCUCGUUAUUUAAUGGCAAGUGGAAUGGUCGUUGUUGCAACUCCAAUGUAUUCAAAUUUAGGCGUUCAUUGGACUUUGACUCUUCUUGGCUGUAUUGGAGUUCUUUGUACCCCUAUCCCUUACGCUUUUUAUCGAUAUGGACAUCAAAUUCGUGCACGUAAUCCGCCGCCGGAAAUGAGUUGA